AGAAAGUAAGAAGAGUUAAAUAGCAGUUUUAUUAGUUAAAGUUAGUCACAGUGGUCUUGUCUCUUAAAAACGUCAAAGGAAUCUCUAAACACCACUUACUUGUUUUUUGUUUCUUCUUCUACUCUCAUCACCACGCACAACACACAACCUUUUUCUUCUUUUACCUUCCUCUCAACUCAGCUAUGGCUGCAAGAGAAAUCCUCCAUAAGAUGAAGGAAAAAGUUGGGCUGCGUUCGUCGGAACCUGACUCGGGGAAAGGAAAGAGCAAGAUUUCAAGGCGUGUAACUCAUGGAUUUCACUUAGUAAAGGGAAGAUCAUACCAUGCCAUGGAGGAUUUUGUUGUUGCUGAAUUUAAGCAAGUUGAUAGCAAUGAACUUGGCUUGUUUGCGAUAUUCGAUGGCCAUGCCGGUCACAAUGUGCCUAAUUACUUGCGGUCUCACUUGUUUGAAAACAUCUUAAAAGAGCCUGACUUCUGGAAAGAUCCUGAAAAUGCUGUCAGGAGAGCCUAUAAUAUAACCGAUUCUAGCAUUUUGGAGAAAUCAGGCGAACUGGGUAGAGGGGGUUCAACUGCUGUUACUGCAAUAUUGAUGAAUUGUCAGAAGUUAGUCAUAGCUAAUAUUGGUGAUUCUCGGGCCGUCUUAUGCAAGAAAGGCCUUGCCAAACAACUAUCGGAGGAUCAUGAACCACACACAGAAAGUGAAGAUAUAAAAAAUAGAGGUGGUUUUGUGUCAAAAUUUCCAGGCGACGUUCCAAGGGUUGAUGGCCGGUUGGCAGUAUCAAGGGCAUUUGGUGACAAAAGUCUGAAGAAACACUUGAGUUCAGAACCACAUGUGACAGUGGAGCUUGUACAAGAUGAUGUAGAAUUCCUCAUAUUAGCAAGUGAUGGAUUAUGGAAGGUAAUGACAAAUCAAGAAGCAGUUAAUACCAUCAAAGACAUAAAGGAUGCUCGGUCUUCGGCGAAACGCCUUACUGAAGAAGCACUUAACAGGAAAAGCACAGAUGAUAUAUCCUGCGUUGUUGUGAAAUUUCAGUGAACAAAAAAGAUAAUAUAUGAUGUUUCAGAAACUUUCAAGUGUAACAUAUUUCAAUAUAUGGACAGAGCUUCAUCAUGUGGUUUCAUUGUAAGAAACCACAUUUCAGGGUGUCA